GCCCCGCCGGCGCUCGGGGCCGCCCCGCGGCUCUGCGCAGGCCCCGCCGGGCCGGGCCGCCAUGUGGGUGUUCGGCUACGGCUCCCUCAUCUGGAAGGUGGAUUUCCCCUACCAGGAGAAGCUGGUGGGGCGCGUCCGCGGCUACAGCCGGCGCUUCUGGCAGGGCAGCACCGACCACCGCGGGGUGCCGGGCAAGCCUGGAAGAGUUGUGACCCUGGUUGAAGAUGCUGAGGGCUGCGUGUGGGGCGUUGCCUACAGACUGCCGGCCGGGAAGGAAGGAGAGGUGAAGGCCUACCUGGAUUUCCGGGAGAAGGGCGGCUACAGGACCACCACGGUCAUCUUCUACCCAAAGGACCCGUCGGUGCAGCCCUUCGACGUGCUGCUCUACAUCGGCACCCGCGACAACCCCAACUACCUGGGCCCCGCGCCGCUCGAGGACAUCGCGCGCCAGAUCCUCGGCGCCGCCGGGCCUAGCGGCAGGAACACGGAGUACCUGUUUGAGCUGGCCAACUCCAUCAGGAACCUCGUGCCCGAGGACGUGGAUGAGCACCUCUUCUCCUUAGAGACGCUGGUCAAGGAGCUCUUGAACAAGCACCAGAAUCUCAACUGUCUGUGAAGGAACCUCUUAGCAGCCCGGCUCUGGCCUCAGAGGAAGGGGUUUUGUGCGUGUGGCAGGGAGGAAUGCUCCUCUGUAUUGUGCUACCCUAAUUAGUACUGCAUAUCUUAAUUAAUGCUGCGUUCAGAAUAGGAGUUGGUUACUUAAAACUGCCAAAAUCAUUCUUUCAGGAGUCGGGAAAGGAGAGCAACAAAAGUCUUCCAAGUUUGAAUUCGGUAUCUCAGCUUUUCACCCAAAGACUACACCUCAGAGCAGCCACUUAAACUUCUCUUUAUGUUUUAUUAUUAUUUCAGGUUUAAAAACAAAUCUUUAGAAUAUUUUUGAGGUUAAAAUCAGCAUGAAGAGACCAGUUCCCUAGAUUUAAGUGGUAGUUUGUUCUGAUCCCAGACCACAGUGCAGGAAUUUUAAGUGGUUGUCCUAAAUUGUGUAGUAGAACAUUUAUAUCAACAUUCCUCUGAAAUAAAGUUACGCCACUGAGUUAGUCAUCUCACCCUUUAUAUGUUAAUUUAUCCUUAAAUGCAGAGGAUAAACCAUUUUAUUGUAAAGGAAAUGAUUCCUUCCCUUGGCUGCUGAUGUCAAGCCCUGAAAAGCAAAGCUCUGGGCACUCUGACUCAAACAAGCCAUAACCUGUCAGUGCCUCGUUUUAAUUUUUAAUCCUAAUAUAAAGAAUAACCCCAAAAUAUUAAUCAAGAGCAUGGCUUAAAGUCACAACACAGCAAGAAGAGAAACUCUCAUCUCUGUUACUUCAGGUGCUGUUGUGGCCCCCAUCUCUUCAAAAAUCCCAGCUGCAAGGAUAGAUUUUUAGUUUCAGGGAUUCAGCAACAGAAGGUAAUUAAGGAAGGAACCCUCUCUCCAGUAACCUUAGGGGUGUGUAUGGAUAUCCCAAGAGGGUUGGGAAGCCCCCAGUUUAGGCCAGUAGGCUUCCUGAUGCAAUCCGUCUCAACGUGGACUUGUCUUGCUCCUCAGAACUUUAUUUUUAUUAACUUUUAACCGAGUAUAUUUUUAUAUCUUAAUAUAAAAGGUCCUGUUUCAAACACCACUUAACAUCCUGUUUUUCCAUCCAGGGAAUGUGUAAGUGUUUAGUAGCAGCCUGGAAACCUGGAUUCUGCAUCAAUAAUUGCAAAAAAAGUGGUUUUCCCCCUAAGAAGGUUGACCCUUUCUGUUCUUUACAUCUUCCUGGUUUAUAAUUGUAAAGGUAAAAGUGUGCAAUGGCAUUCUCUGCUUUCUUGAAAAUUCUUUUAAAAAUUCUUUCCUCAAGGACUUAAUCCUUGUUCCUUAGAACAGGGCAGGGCAUGCUUGUGCUCAUUAAGGAUCCAGAACCAUCGAGGCUGAUUCCCCCUUUGAAACGCUAAUUAUUUAAGUACUGUGAUUCUGUGUAGCUCCACAUUCUCUGUCUUUGCCUCCAAGGCUUUGUUGGUUCAUUUGCUUCCCAAAUGCAUAAACCAUUGCAAUAAUACACGUUCCUGUGUACGACUUCAGUGCAAUAAAAACGCAUUACAAUGACUAACA